GCUGAGCAGCCGCUCCGCCUCUGCAGUUGCCGCCAUGGGGGACGGCGCCGGGGAGGACAUGAACUCUAACCUCCCCUGUGCCCCCUACCUAACUGGGGACCCGCAGCUGGACACCGCCGUGGGCCAGUGGCUCCGCUGGGACAAGAAUCCCAAGACAAAAGAACAAAUUGAAAAUCUGUUACGGAAUGGAAUGAACAAGGAGCUAAGAGAUCGUCUUUGCUGCAGGAUGACUUUUGGAACUGCUGGGCUACGUUCUGCCAUGGGAGCAGGAUUUUGCUAUAUUAAUGACCUUACAGUGAUCCAGUCAACACAGGGGAUGUACAAAUACCUUGAGAGAUGUUUUUCAGACUUAAAGCAGAGAGGCUUUGUGGUCGGCUAUGACACCAGGGGUCAGGUGACCAGCAGCUGCAGCAGUCAAAGACUUGCAAAAUUAACUGCUGCAGUUUUGCUGUCCAAAGGAGUGCCUGUAUAUUUGUUUUCAAGAUAUGUUCCUACACCUUUUGUGCCCUACGCUGUUCAAGAACUAAAAGCAGUUGCAGGUGUGAUGAUUACUGCCUCCCAUAACCGUAAAGAAGACAAUGGAUACAAGGUAUACUGGGAAACAGGUGCUCAGAUUACAUCUCCUCAUGAUAAAGAGAUCCUGAAAUGUAUAGAAGAAAGUGUUGAGCCCUGGAUUGAUUCCUGGAAUGAAAAUCUAGUGGAUACUAGCCCCCUGAAGCGAGAUCCUCUGCAGGAUAUUUGUACACGUUACAUGGAAGAUCUGAAAAAGAUCUGUUUUCACAGAGAGCUGAACUUACAGACAAGCUUGAAAUUUGUCCAUACGUCAUUUCAUGGAGUGGGUCAUGAUUAUGUGCAAUUGGCUUUUAAAGUGUUUGGAUUUAAACCUCCAAUUCCAGUACCAGAGCAACAGGAUCCAGACCCGGACUUUUCUACUGUUAAAUGUCCAAAUCCUGAAGAAGGAGAAUCUGUGCUGGAGCUGUCUCUGAGAUUGGCUGAAAAAGAAAAUGCCAGAGUAGUGGUAGCCACGGAUCCUGAUGCAGACAGACUGGCAGUGGCCGAACUGCAAGGGGAUGGCCGUUGGAAAGUUUUCACAGGCAAUGAGUUAGCUGCGUUGUUUGGGUGGUGGAUGUUUGAUUGCUGGAAGGAAAAUAAGUCACAGAAUGCUGAUGUGAAGAACAUUUACAUGUUAGCCACUACAGUCUCCUCCAAAAUUUUGAAGGCAAUUGCACAUAAAGAAGGAUUUCAGUUUGAAGAAACAUUGCCAGGUUUUAAAUGGAUUGGAAGUAGAAUAAAAGAACUCAUGGAAAAUGGGAAAGAAGUCCUUUUUUCAUUUGAAGAGUCUAUUGGGUUUCUGUGUGGGACUUUCGUUUUGGAUAAAGAUGGAGUGAGUGCAGCUGCUGUUGUUGCUGAAAUGGCGGCUUACCUAGAAACCAGAAAUCUAACAUUGGCACAACAGCUUACUAAAGUUUAUGAAAGGUAUGGAUAUCAUAUUUCAAAGACAUCCUAUUUCUUAUGUUAUGAUCCACCUACUAUCAAAAAUAUAUUUGAAAGGCUUCGGAAUUUUCAUUCUCCAAAAGAAUAUCCAAAAUAUUGUGGGGCAUUUGACAUAUUGCACAUACGAGAUAUUACUACUGGAUAUGACAGUAGCCAACUUAAUCAGAAAUCGGUGCUGCCCAUGAGUAAAAACAGCCAAAUGAUUACAUUCACCUUUCAAAAUGGCUGUGUCGCUACACUACGGACAAGUGGAACUGAACCAAAGAUAAAGUAUUAUGCCGAGAUGUGUGCAUCCCCUGACCAGAGUGAUACUGCUUUACUGGAAGAAGAACUGAAGAAACUCAUUGACGCUCUGAUUGAGAAUUUUCUGGAGCCCAGUAAGAAUGGACUGAUCUGGCGAUCUGCUUAGACAUCUUUUAGGCUGUUGCUCUACAAAUGGCUCUGUGCACUGUCAUGUGGAACAAAAGAUCCAAGACCUCCAUCUAACCUUGUUCUUGUGUACAUUUGUCUAUUUCAGAACUCACUCCUUUAAGACCUGUAAUGAAGCAGGAUCUUCUUUGUCACCUGAUUAACCAAGUUGCAUAAGCUUGAAAGAGACUAAAAUUUGAAAGCAAGUGAAAUAAUUGAGAUUUUCAGUUAUUUUGACCAAAAGUCACAUACACUGAGCAUUAAAAACGUCCUCUCUGCAGCCUUCGACUUGAAGAGCUCUGUAGAGGUCAUGCAGGAGUGAAUUUUCCUCUUGUAAUUUGAUUAGGUUUUUGGUUUUUUUUUUUUUGGUGUCGUCCGUGUCUAGUACAGUUCAGACAAAAAUGAGCUAAAUGUUCCAAAUAUUGUUCGUGGUUGUCAAGUUAUUUAGGGGAAUAAAGCAUCGUGUUGGUGAGAAUGCACCGCAGCUUCUUUAGUACCCCUCUGGCACUAUUAGGGGUCUUCAUUUACAAGUAUGUUAAAGUAGAGUAGUUACAAUAUCUAGAUUAGGACAAGAUGGUGUUGUGGCUUAUGGUUUUAGCACCUUUACUUGAGGUGCUGUUUAUCAGUUGUACUUUUCCCACAUGCAUCUUAAAAAUACUAAUGUUUAUUGAACAAUAAUGGCAACUCUCUUGGGAGGCUUUGCUUUUGACAACUCUCUCAGUGCCUUCCAAGGGCUUUGGUGUGAGCUGAGAUAAUGUCCCCACAGAUUCUAGUUAUAUUUUCCUUCCCAAACAGGGGCCAUUGAACAUGAGAGUGUAUGUGUAUAUAUAUAUAUAUAUAUAUAUAUAUAUAUAUAUAUAUAUAGUGGUCAGCACCUUGCCUUUUUGUACAAUUCUUCCAGAUGGCAAAGGUGCUCGAACUACUUUGUCAAAUAGCUAGGGUGUUUUUAAAAAUAUCACAUAAGAUCUUCAUAAGAAGCAAGUCUUAAAUCAUAUACUACUAUUGUUAAGGAUUUCCAUGUUAAAAUUCAAUGUCACUAUUUGUAAGGAGAAUUGUGAUAGAGAGAUGGAGCUUCAAAUUUCAAUUAAAAAUAAAUUAACUUCACUUAAGAACCAGAUCUUUUCAAGCACAUUCAUCUGCUGUGAUAAAGAUAAUUCUGUGAAUGAGGUUUUUGGAUAGUGUGUUAAUUUAUUAUGGCUUCUUUGAAAUUUACUUGUUUUCCAAGAUUGCUUAAAAAACCAGUGUGGAGAAAGUUGUCCUAAUCCAGACCAAUUAUUAUUUAAUAUUUCAUUUCAUCCCUGUUUUUUAACACUACUAUUCAGCCAACACACAGAAUUUAAAAGUAAUUUUUAAACUUCAUUUCCUCUUCAUAAUUAUCUCUCAAAGGUUUUAUAGGCAUAGAGUGUUUAAGUGGGAAUAUGACAGGAACUCUUAUGUCCUCCCUCUCAGUGACCAUGUUGGGCACCUCCAGAUAUUUCUGACUUAGUUUUCAAAUAUAGUUAAAGAGGAGUCAUUAGUCUUCAGUUGGUUACUUAAAAAUAAGUCACUACUCUGUCAUCUUGGACAGCAAGUUUUCUUCCUGUGUGGUUUCACUAUUUAAAUACUAAACAGCAUGGAAAUAUAUAUCACAAUAUAGUUCAUACCCUUUAAAAGCUGACAUGUAGGUCUUAAUGCUGAACCAAAUACAGAUAGGUGAAGUGUUGUGAAACAAUAUUACUAGACAAUUAUCAAAAAUUCUUUAAACAUUUACUUUAGAAUCAGGUUGAUUUCUUCAGCUUUGCUGAUGAGGAGACAAUUUGCUUUCAUUCCAGAGCUGUAUCUUUCCAAAAUUGCCUUUGGUUAGUUGAUUUGGCACUCUUGUGAAAAACUUUAAAAAGGAAAAAAACUUCCAUUUUACUGAUUAGUUUGUUUAGUGCCCCCUUGGACUGCUCGCAGUUACACUUUAUAGGAUAGCUAUCUCAUAAAGAAUACAGAGUAGCAAGGGUAAAAGUUCCUCGGAUGUCAAGGCUCUCAAGUAAGAGGAAACAGCUGAUAGGAUUUCAGUGACCCAACACAUGUCACUAACUAACCAGUCUGGUCAAGUAAAAUUAUAGUUCCAGUUGGAAGUUGUUACAUCUGUUCACUUUUAAUAGAGCUCAGUUACAUUUAAAAACUGUUUUGCCACCAGUGUGAAAAAAAUUGUUCAUUUGUUUUCCCCUUACUUCUCCCCAACCCUGUCCUUGAAGCUGGAUCAUGGAUGACUUGCAUAAAGGCAAGUGACCAGAUAUAAAGAGAACCACAUUUUGGUGUAUAAUUGAUGUUGACAAAGGCUUUGCACUAAAUAUGAAAAAACUCGUAAAUUUUUGUUUGGCUCUAUGAAUGUAUAUUGUAAUGUAGGAGAUUGUUGCACAGAAACCCAUAUGAUCAGUAUUGUUUUUUGGUAGUAAAAAUCUGUGUUUAAGUGUCUACAAUAUAGAAUGAAGCUAAAAAAGA